CUCUUACUCAUCUACCUAGAGAAUCCUCUGCUUAGUAAUGUGGCGCACAGACCACAUAAAUGCCUGCCGGCUAUAGUACGCACCUCCCCAGUCAGUAAGAUAAAGUAUGACAGGGGUCAUUUCUUCAGGUGGAAAAAAAAAAUCGAGAUUGCCCCUCCCCCACACGAUGAGAAGAUAUAACCAUUCGAUUAUUGAAUUUCUUCAAGGGUAUGGAUGAAUAACUACGUGAUAUACCUUUAUUUCGGUUGGCAUCUUACUAUCUAACUUACCAUAUGUACAAAAAUUCUCAAGGCUUCCAAUAAUGACUGAAUUGCAGACGGAUCGACUGAAUACUUAAAUACUUUUCCAGUUGUGAGCCUCAGGGUUCUUUUGCUUUUUACCGGGUACCUAAAUACGGAUUUAUUCCCUAGCCUAAAAAGCAAAUAGAGGUAUACAUGCAAUAUAUCGGCUUCAACAUGGCUGACCACGAUUUUUCACCCUCGAAAAUUAUCUCUAUAGAGAAAAGUUUGGCGGAAUCAUCUUUCCUAGAAGCGUUUCAUGAACACCAAUCCGGACUCAUAAUAUCACAUUUCGUGCGGCAUGUAACAGCAGACCAACCCAGCACCGGCGCACAAACGGAUGGGGAAUCCUACGACGUCGCACAGACCGUUAGAUUGGGCUUGGCUUCUUUGAGUGCUUUCUUACAAGCAAAUGUUACAGGCCCAGUUCUCGAGGGGUGUGAGGCAAUCGAAGCUAUAUUCCUUUCGGCUUUUGCAAAGAUCAAGUCUUCGGACGAACAGGCAAACGACAGCGUAGAAGCGCCGAUAUUAUCUUUUAGAAGAAUUUGCCUCAGGUCUCUCGAUGUAGACGGAGUUUCGCCAUAUUCUUACAUACCUCACAUCGAACUUUUCUGCUUGUCACGCUUUAUUUUCACAUCAGGUAUCAUAUUGCCCGUUGAGUUACCCGAAAUCUGGUCAGAUCUUGGGCACUCUCUCUCGCUCCAUCUCUCUUGGACGCGCCUAAGGGUUCACCUCUGGCACUAUAAACUCAUCUCUCAGCCCUCACUUGGCCCGGGCUCCUUAUUCACCAAAAGUGGCCGUUGGACAGAUGUACCAACCCUUCAGGAGAGCAUAGAGAAAAGUCUUAGGGAGGCCGAAACUUCUAUUCUCGGGUCGACCGAAAUCGACCAAGAAUCGGACCAGUCACAAUGGCCCCGGGAGUCUCGCAUCCAGUUUCGUUUGGAGGAGGCGGCUUGUCAUAUAAUGCUCGGGAAUGAUACAAACUCCCGGAAGGCAUUGCAAUCGGCUACAGAAAUCAGUGGCUUCUCCUAUAUUCUUUCCGGUGCCUUGGGGAAACGUACAAGAUUUCAGGAGAAGAAUACUAGUCAACUCGUAGUUCUUGCUAAGAGCCACGCACGAUCUUCUACGGCAUUCGGUCAACAGGAUACAUCUGAUGUGGCACCGGUCGCACUUCCGCUAAACGACGAUACGUUGUUAGAGAAUAUCGAGUUCGACAACGAUCAAACUCAUAAACCAACCUCUGAUCUUCCACCUGAACUUCAGGAUAUUAAACCAGAUGAACAACCACAACUUAGUCCGGAAGAUCACAUCAUACUCCUGACCGAAGCUACCAUAAGAGACACAUUUUCGCCCGCAGAUUCAUUAACUUCGGAAGAAAUCUUACCCUUUGCUCAACGAGUGAUCGAUGAUAAGUCCACCAACUGGCAAACUUAUACCCAAGCUCUACUGGUGCGGUCGCGGAUUGAGCUCAAUAGGAGUCGGACUAUCGAGCGUGCCGUCUUACAGAUGCAGGCUCUCGUAGAUCAGGUUAUCGUCGAGACGCAAGAGACUGAACGGUUGACUAAGCCCCUUGAUGACCAAGAUAACACGGGGGUUGAAUCCGAUAUUCCAACUAUUCAGGUAACCUCUGGUGAUCAGCCAGGCCAGUCUGCUGGUAUUCAAAAACCAAUAUCAUUCCUUCCAGCUCCCAAACCCUCCGAAUCAGCAUCUCCGCAAGAGAGACUGCGGUAUGUAAAUGCUCUGUCCUCCCCCCCGCGUUGGCAUCUGGAGUCUGAGCUCGCCUAUGCUUGGACUUCUGUCGGAUCUCUCGUUUCGGCUCUGGAAAUUUUCAAACGGCUACGUCUUUGGGCAGAAGUCGCCCUGUGUUUAGCAAGCAGCGCAUCUAGAGAUGAUCCCGACGGUCGAGGAAGUGGAGGCGAAGAAAAGGCUCGGGCUGUCCUACGAUGGAGAUUAUUCCACCGCACUCCUGAUUUUAACACCAAUACCGAUUUCAAGGACUGCACUGACAUGGAUGAUGCUGAAGUUGACAUAUCGUCUCUGAAAGCGUCUGACUUCUGUGGUCGAGAACGUUCACCACCACCCCCAAAUUCCCCUAGGUUGUUUUGUAUACUAGGAGAUAUUGAAAACGAUCCUCAACAUUACCACCGUGCAUGGGAGAUCUCCAACCGGCGUUUUGCGAGGGCGCAGAGAUCUCUAGGAGAGCUUCACCUUCAAAAGCAAGAAUGGAAAGAAGCCCGAGACGCGUACCUCCUUGCCGUUGGUGUGAAUAGAUUAAGCCCGGAGAUGUGGAAUAGGCUCGGUGACAUCGAGUUGCGUCUCGGAAAUUUCCCCGACGCAGCUGAAGCGUUUCAGAGGGCCAUAUCAACCGCGAACAAUACUUCCGGAGGAGAGGAUGCGCGGACGUGGAGUAAUCUUGGAACGGCACUUUUGAGCUGGUAUCGCCAGAUUAUCUCGGAGAAAAAGGACACCUCAGACGAUAUGGUGGCUACAAAGCGGGCAGCUGAACUUGGGAAGUCCGGCAACAAGCUACUACAAGAUUCCCUCAUCGCCUUUAAACGCGGAGCUACGCUCGCUGACUCGAACUGGAGAAUUUGGGAUAAUGUUAUCACUCUGGCAGCCAGUCUAUCGCCGAAGCCUGACCUGGAUGAUGUGGUGCUCGGCGUGAGAAAUGUGAUCCGUAUCCGCAAGACAGAAGAGGCGUUAGAUCUUGACAUCCUGACACUCUUAGUCAGGGAGACGACUAAGACAUCGGUUCCCAGCGGCAACGAGGGAGAAUCGGAAGCCUACGAGCCAAAAAGAGGUACUAUUGAGAGCAAAGUCGUGUCACUUUUCGAGAACGACAUCGUGCCUCUCAUCACGACGGACUCGGCAUACUGGGCUUUGGUGUCUCGUCUUCGUGCUUGGAGAAGAGACUGGGCAGGUGCGUUGGAUGCGGCCGAGAAAGCAUGGAGAACGGCGGUUGGCGGUGUCGGGAGUGCCCUGUCUGCGUCUAGUGGAACGCAAGGUCAGCAGGGAAGCUGGUUGACAAACGUAGACGCGUGGGACGCUGUAGUACAGAGGACAUCGGAUUUGGUGGCAGCCUACGAAAACUACGGAUCGCGGGUGGACAGUGUUGGGAGCAGAUGGAAAGGCAAGGCCAGAAAUGCGGUGAGGAGCAUCAUGGGUAAGGCCAAAGAGUCAUGGGAGGACGAUCAUAGGUGGCAAUCCUUGACCGAUAUGAUGGAGAAUUUGAAAUUAUAGAGUACUAUUAUAAGAGAGAGUAUUCAGCUGUCUCUCUUUAAAACAGAGAUGCGAGCGCACGGAUUCUAUCCAGGUAUAGAUAAAAUAGGGAUCUGAGGCGGCCACGUUUCUGAUCUAUGAUCAUUAAGCCUCUUAGGUAAAAGUUGCGGUCAUAAUCUCUUUAUUUUUAUUUUAAGGGGUCCAGAGAUCAGUACUACGUAGUAUACGCGGACAGUAUUUCCGAGUAGCAGUGGAAGCAUGUAUUAUGAUUACAUAGGUCCCUGAUAAUAUCAACUAGGCAAAGUUAACAAACAAUU